GCGGCUGCAGGUGGCUGCGCUCGGUGCUUCCGUCAUGGCGGGCUGUGGGGUGUCAGCGGGGGCGGCGGCGGCGGCGGCAGCAACUGCCGAAAGGUCGCUCACCGAUGAUGAGAUGGCGGAGGUGAAAAAGGAAGUCUUAGAACAGUUGCGUCGCUAUCUGUGUGAUAAAAUAAUCGCAGAAAGACACUUUGAUUAUCUACGUUCAAAGAAAAUCCUCAGUCGAGAGGACACUGAAGAAAUAUCUUGCCGAACCUCAAGCAGGAAAAAGGCUGGGAAGCUGCUGGAUUACUUAGCAGAACAUCCAAAAGGACUAGAUGCUUUGAUAGAAUCUAUUAGAUUAGAAAGAACACAGAACUUUCUGUUACAAAAGAUAACUGAUGCCGUUUUGAAAGCAAAAAAUGAAAAACUUGAAGGUCUUAAAGAAUUGAGCUGUAGCAACUGCAAGCCUUCAUUACUUGAACAAGCAAACAACCUCUCUAGGUCACAGUCAAAUGAAUCUAAUUUCUUUGAAAAACAAAAAGACAAAGAAUGUACCCAUCUUCCUCAUCCAGAAAUGUUUAGUACAUCUGCUUUUGUCUCAGCUGCUUCCCUUUGUUCAAUGAAUUUACCCAUUACUGAGGUUGGAAAUGCAGAAAACUCAAUUUUUUCAGCUGUCCUUCCUGGACCUGGAGAUCCUGGAGCACCACCUCUUCCACCACAGUUGCAGAAUGAACAAGAGGAAAUAUGUUCCACCUCCACUGAUAGUCACUUCCUGCCUUUGAGAUCCCGCUCACUUCUUCCACAGUGAACUCUGGGUUCCUUCAUGUAUCUUAAAUGGUAAUAAUAAUGCACAGAAUGUUUUAUAUUCUUUGUAAAAUAUAGUUUUUUAAAAAAAGAGAUAUUUUUAAACUGUAAAAUAACUAUAGUUUAAGAAUGUUGAGUUUAAUCUUCUUUGAAAAUAGUUCAUUGGACCUGAUGAAUAGUUUAGGAGGUUGUGAAGUAAAGCUGUGUAUUUUGUCGUAA